UGUGUGUCAUAUCCAUAUCGUCCAUUAAUUUGGAAAUAAUUUUUUAGGGCAUGAUACAAACAAUGAUGUAGAUCUAAAUCUUUAGUGGACCCCGCCACAAAAAAGUCGAGAGAGUGACGCCCACCAUUGAAACUCAUAGCAUUCUUGAGGGCCCAUCAUAAUGUUUAUUUGUGAUCUAAUCUGUUCAUAAGUCCAGGAAGAUAUGGAAUAAUGGAAAACACAAAUAUCAUCUUGACCAUCCAUAUCUUGUGGCCCUCAAGAAAUUUUUAAUGGUGAAUGUCACUCUCUCCACUGUUUUCUGUGGUGGGGUCCACUCGAGCUCUGGAUCUGACUCAUUUUUUGGCUCACGCCCUAAAAUGAUCUAUUCAAAUGGAUGGGUGGUGUGGAUAGAAAAAAUACAUCAUGGUGGGACCCACGUAACUUGGUGACGUCACUUCAGUAGCGAUUUAGAGUCGGUAUCUAAUCCGCGCCAGGAUUUAUAGCGGAAACGAAUUGGCUACUCUACGCAACACCAGCCUUUCGCUGGUGGUCAAUGCUCUAUGGGCCCCACCAUGAUGUGUGUGUUUCAUCCAUGCCUUCCAUCUAUUUUUUAUAGAUCAUUUUACAGUGUGAAACUAAAAAUGAGGUAUAUCCAAAUCUCAAGUGGACCACAUUACAAGAAAUAGUGUUGAAUGAGCGUCGACCAUUAAAAACAUUUUGGGGGCCAUUAAAGUUUUUGAUCAAGUUGAUUUUUGUUUGUUCCCUUCAUCUAAGCCGUCCAUCCCUUUUUCUCAGAUUAUUUUAAGCAUGAAAACAAAAUUGAGGCAGAUUCAACGCUAAAAUGGACCACACACAUGGUUAUUAAAUGCAACCAAGCUUAUUAUUUGGUAUUUGGUGUGGUCCACUUGAUCGUUGGAUCUACCUCAUUUUUGUGUGCAAGCCUUAAAAUGAUAUGAGCAAAAGGGAUUGACGGCUUGGAUGUACAGAUACUGCACAAUGGGCCCACCCACAGAACUGCCCGUUCGGGGCUAGAGACGGGCAGGGGUAUUCUAGAGCCCAUUUAUGUGGUGUUGAGGAUGGUGGACAAUGAGACAAAUCUGUCGAUGGGGUCGCUGUAUCCGUCUAUACAGCUGAUGAAAGAGGCCAUUAUUGUUAAAGCUCCCAAUGCAUAUAAGUGGGUGCAUGCAAUAAUAGACGACCGUUGGGAAAGGACGCUUUCUCACCCACUACAUCAGGCUGAUAAGUACCUAUAUGGAUUUUUUUCCAUAUGCAAUAAUAAACGAGGGUUGUACUGAUGUGUAUAUGUUGGUUUUCAUCGUAUUUCCUAAAUCCCAAAUACUACUACAGCCAGAACCUCUUCGAAGAUAAUUCAUUAAAGAGGGCUGUACAUGAGGUGUACGAUCACUUAUUCCCCCACUGUUCGGGGAAAGGCACCUUUGGUAGUAAGAUUGUUAAAUUCCGUGACGCGGUUGGAAUGUUUGGGUGUCACCCUGCGGUGAAGUCAAGGAACGCCAUGAUGGCAUGCGAAUGGUGGUCCAUGUAUGGGACUGACUGCGAGGUUUUACAACGACUGGCUGUCCGUGUGCUUGCACAGACGGUGUCCUCGUCACCCUGUGAAAGGAAUUAGAGUACAUUCUCCCUCAUACAUACAAAUAAACAUAAUAGACUAGGGUAUGAGAGGCUUCAGAAGCUAGUGUAUUGUCACUACAAUAUGAAGUUACGAGAGAGGCUGCUCCGCUCGGAAG